AUGGGGUGGUGGCCCUUUAGCAGGAAAAAUAAGGGAGAGUAUGACUGUGACACUGAUACGACCGAAUCGUUUGUUUCUUCUGAUUCUCUUUCUUCUGAUUCGAGUGAUUAUGACAAUGAAAAUGACAAUGAAAAUGACGGCAAUGGAGCUCGCAUGGUCUUCUCCGGUCAGCAAUUUCGAGCAGGGCAUAAUCCCAGACCAAACGAUAAAUUCAUCGCCAUCAUGGGAGUGACAGGCUCAGGCAAGAGCUCGUUUAUCUCGUUACUAACGGGAGGACAAGCCAAGGUCGGCUCAGGGCUGGAAGCUUACACAAGAAAUACCGACGUGUAUGCCUAUACUUUCGCUCCGGGCCAAACAGUGUACCUCAUUGAUACUCCUGGGUUUAACGACACCUACAGAGAUGACACAAAGAUUCUGGUCGAGAUCACAUCUUGGUUGACAUCUUCAUACAACAACAAAGUCAACCUGAAUGGCGUGAUAUACCUGCAUGAUAUUACACAGGGUAGAAUGUUCGGCUCUGCGCUAAAAACUUUGAAAACUUUCAAGGAGCUCAGCGGCCCCGAUGCGAUGCAAAAGGUUGCCCUGGUAACUACUCAUUGGGAUAUUGUCGCUCUGAGUACCCGUUCCAAGUGUGAGGACAAGGAGAAGCAGCUCAUUCAAGAUGAAAGGUUCUGGGGGUCGAUGAUCAGAAGGGGAAGCUGGGUUAGAAGACAUGACAACACGCAAGAAUCAGCGGAUAAAUUAAUCCGUUCAAUCGUUCGCCAGUCUCACGUAACACUGGCGGUGCAGUCACAAAUGGUCGAUGAGAAUCUGAAGUUAUCUCAGACUGGCGCUGGAAGGUCCCUGGGCAUGGACUUAGCCAGGCAAAUGGAGAGCGACUACAAGGAACAACUAGAGCACGUGAAGCAGCUCAGACUGGACAAGAAAAGGAGUGACGCUGCACGGGAAGCGGCACAGAAAGAAUUUCGACGAGAGCUUGAUAGAAUGCGAAAGCAGCUAGAAGUGACCAGUCGUGAGUUGAAUGAACGGAUGCAACGUGAGCUUGCAGCGAAGGAAAGAAAGAUUCAACUCGAGCGGGAACGGCAUCAUCGGGAACGGGUGAGGUUGAGGGCUCAGCGGGAAACUGGCUUGUCCCGGGAGGAUUAUGAGAGACAAAACCGUGGGAGACAAACAGCCAGGUGGCAGAUGCAGAUUUCAGAGGAGGAGGAAGAGGAAGAGGAAGACAGUUGGACGGGCUCAGACAGUUCUUCUGGAUACGAGCCCAGCCCUGAGCUACGCAAACGUCCCCAGGCCACCAAUAUUCGGCAUCUCAGAAACACGUCGGCCAGGACGCCUGGCCGACCAAAGAAUAGGACCGACAACAACGAUCCAUUCUCUAGGAACAAAUACAACGACGCCGCCUCGAUGAUUGUACAUACAGGCACGUGA